AUGAAUAUCCGCUGCCGAGUUGAAAAUUUGUCUUUUAGUCCGAGUUUGCCAGCGGCCGUUGACGUCUCAUCGACUCUGUCGGUGUGUUACCGGUUUGCCUUGGGUUUACCAUCUCUGUACAGUCAGGCUGUGUUGCCAGAUCUACUGCCAGGCAGAGAAGGGAGGGCCAAGGAACCAUUUUUUCAAAAUAUGCAGGAAAUUGUUUAUGAGGUCAUCGGUGCGAUACUCCCACAACUCAAAGAAAAGCCAUUUGCACUCUUUGGACAUAGUUUUGUGACACUUUUUGGAGCUAUGACCUGCUUUGCUUUUGCUGAGCACGUAAACAAGGUCUACAAUCUUGAGCCGAUCCACAUGUUUCUCUCUGGAGCCUCUGCACCAUAUUCUGAGGCAAGACUGCAGGCACCAAGAAGAAGUCAUCUGUCAGAUCAAGAGUUUCUUGUGUGGGUAACUUCUAUUGGAGGCACACCACCAGAGAUACUGGCCAAUGCUGAGCUCGCCAAACUCUUCUUACCUGCACUGAAAGCAGACCUCUGUGUAGCGGAAAAUUAUAGAUGUAGCAGACCAUCAACACCCAUCCUGUCAUGUCCAGUAUCGUGCUUUGACGGAAAAGAGGAUGCACCCCAUGACUUACAAGCUUGGAAGGACAUGACAAAUGGUGACUUCACUGUGCAGAUGCUUCCUGGAUCUCAUUUUUACUUGAAAGAAGAAGCAAAUGAAAAAUAUAUACUGGACCACAUCACAAAACAUUUUGAGACAGCAGAGAUGGACUAUCUAUAAAAACCCUGCCUUUCAUUAUUUAACUGCAAACAUGAUAAAUUUAUGAUAUAACAACAAAUGUAUUCCCAAUUUAUAUUCGCUAAUGGAACACAUUUUCUUGUGACUGUAAAAAAAAAAAUCAGAAUAGACACAGAAAAUAAACCAAUUAAUGCCAAAAU